AGGGGGUAAGUUCAGCCCCCACACCAUAUCCGAUUUAGGCCUGGGAAGGCAGUAUAGUUCUUACUAAAUCUAUUGGCAAAGGGAGAAACUGACACACAGUUGGGCUCCAGGACUCCUCAAGGUCACACUGAUGGUCAAGGCCUGAGCUCCUGUUUUUUAGAGCAAGACUGAAGAGCGCUCGACUGCAAAUUAAACAGUGUGGGUACCAAGAAGGGACGCGAGUCCCUGUCCCUGGUGCACCACAGAAGCGGCAGGAGAUCGCACAGCUGCACUGUCCUGUGUGGAAGCUUGGCCGGGCACAGGCAGGGCGCGGAGUCCUCUCAGAAGCCAGCUCUCCCGGGCCCAGGAGUACCUUGGAUCGGGCCAUUUCACUGUUGUCACAAAAAUGAACAGGAUGCUCAGAGGCGUGUCACAGCAGACAACCAACCAGCUUCCCACUGGCGUCUAAGUCCGUCCUCGCGGCAGGGCUGGGACACAGGUGUUAUUAGCCUCACUUGGCGAAGCCGCUUGUCAAGAGUCCUGCAGUCAGUACACUGCAAAGCAGGAGCUGAGAGUCUCGGCCCCGCCGCCCAAGCCCAUCGGCCAGACUUCCGCAGGAGAGGAGUUUGGAGGAUAGCUUGCGGUCGGACCGACCCUCCCGGUCCACGAGUGAAGCAGCAUGGACGCCGUCAGCCAGGUCCCGAUGGAAGCUGCGCUCCCCAAGCACAUCCUGGAUAUCUGGGUCAUUGUCCUUAUCAUCCUGGCCACCAUUGUCAUCAUGACCUCCCUGUUGCUGUGCCCGGCCACUGCAGUCAUUAUCUAUCGCAUGCGGACUCAUCCUGUCCUCAAUGGGGCCGUCUGAGAUCAGUCUUCUAAGAGGGCCAGGGGAGUGAUGUGGAUGGUGUCCCCUCCUCCAGCCUUGUCCUUCUUGGAAAAGCAGCAGGAGGGGCUUUGGAGUGUGGACUCUGGAGCUUGCCAUGUGAGAGGAGACCGGGGUUCUUGUUUGGACUUUGCCGCCGGCCAGCUGCGUGAGAUCAGGCAAGGGACCUCAUUCUGUGGGUUCCAGGUUCCUUCUCUUUUAAAUGGGGAUCGUGAUCCCUGCCCUUCCUACCUCAUAGGGUUGCAAGAACCAAUGACUUGGCAGAGGUUAAAGCUGAUCGUGAUUGUGAGCCGGAAGGCCACCACAGAUACACAGGUGUUACUGCUAAAUGCUGAGAAGCUUCGAAGAACCAAAGCGCCCACCUGAUUGCUGAUGAUGGCCUUCACGGUGGUGAGGAAGAUGCUGGGGGCAGAGCAGCCUUCGCCGGUGCUCCCCAGAUCAGACCAAGCAAAGGCACCCUGUCCUCAUUCCAAGGGGCCGGCAGCACUUUGGCUCAGUCAUUUUCUUUGUGGUGCCACUCCCUCAAGUUAUGUAAUUUGGAGGGAAUAGAGUGUGGCAGGGGGAGGGAGAUGGGAGGAACUUCCCAGGACCUUCUCUGUGCCAGGAUGUCUACCGCUAUAACAAUCUAGGGGAGGCCCUGCCAUUUCUUGGCCAUGCCAAGGGACCUGGGGUGAUGGGCUUCUUUCUGCACUGGGGUCUCCUUGCUUUGACACUCAAGCAAUGUUGGAAAACACAGGUGACCGAGUGACCUGGGCAGCUUUCAGGAUCUCCAACCCCCACCAACUUGUGUGCCCCACACCCGAGGAGCUCUGUCCUCCCACCCCAGCACCCGCUGUAACCAGCUCCAUGGUGUAAGGUGUACACUCUUCAUUCCCCCCCACCAGCACUGCAGCCAGUCUAAGCUACAGAUUUGAAGAGGUGUUCCCAGGACUCUUGGAACUAACUCAAAACAACAAUGGUUAUUUUAGAUGUUAUGAUCUAUAUUUAUAGAGAGAGAUUUCUGGACCACUCAAGCUCCUUGACCAAAAUCAGGAACAUCUUGGGAUAUAUUAAAUUAUGUAAGAAGAUAGCACAGAUAUCAGGAUAUUGUGUGGAAGUGAUGCUUUUACUUUGGUCUGAAUUCAUUGACGUACACGACCAAUUUCCAAUAAAGUGCUAGAAUGAGCA